UCAAAUCAGAAGUUCAAAUAGAAGUAUUAAUUGUAUGUAUAUUACAGGUGGAGUGUAUAGAUGUGUGGGUAAAAUUGUCGUUGUGUUAUUCUAGAUGUGCAGUCAAGGCAAAGGAGUAAGGUGACGAUUAACCAGGAUGCAGAGAUAACAGCAAUAAGGUCCCUGAGGUAGACAUGUAUAUGUAACAACUGUAAAAAGGCAAGUAUGAUGGCAAUUCUAGAUAUGCAAUGAGGCAAACUGAAUGUGCAACUGAAAUGCAGGGAUAGCAGCAGUGAGGUUUCAGAGGUAGACAUGUACCUGUAACAUCUGAAAACUUCCAUUAUCAGACUGCAAGGCAGUGUCAGAGUUAUACAAAUGGAGUAGUGCAACAAAAUCAGGGCAGGGCAGAGUGUAAAGCUGUGGAGAGGAUGUCCUCUGUAGACCUGUUCGACCGGUAGGCAAACUGGUAGGGAUCCAGUGUUGGGGGAGGCAGGACUACGGUCAUUCUAAACACUUCCUGAUUGUGGGGGUGAGUGCGGCAGGUGGGAUGUUAUUCAGGCUGGAUGCAGUCGACUGCUUCGGCACUGGUACAAUGGUUGCAGUCUUGAAGCAUGUGAGGACAACCGCCUGGGCCAGUGACCGGUUGAAAAUGUCAGUAAACACCUCAGCCAGCUGCCCAGCACAUGCUCUGAGCACACGCCCGGGGACGCCAUCAGGACCAUUGUGUGAUUCACCCUGCUCAUUGCAGAUGACACAUCUACUGUGGAUAGUCUGAGGGGGGGGUGUCUUGAGGGAGUUCAGCUUUAAUGGCUGGCUCUUUGUUGUUCCUGUCGAAGCGAGCAUAGAACCUGUUUAGCCUCUCGAUGUUUAGCCUGUCCGAUAUACUGCGUUGUCAGUCCGAUAUACUGCGUUGUCAGUCCGAUAUACUGCGUUGUCAGUCCGAUAUACUGCGUUGUCAGUCCGAUAUACUGCGUUGUCAGUCCGAUAUACUGCGUUGUCAGUCCGAUAUACUGCUGUGUCAGUCCGAUAUACUGCUGUGUCAGUCCGAUAUACUGCUGUGUCAGUCCGAUAUACUGCUGUGUCAGUCCGAUAUACUGCUGUGUCAGUCCGAUAUACUGCUGUGUCAGUCCGAUAUACUGCUGUGUCAGUCCGAUAAACUCCGUUGUCAGUCCGAUAUACUGCUGUGUCAGUCCGAUAUACUGCUGUGUCAGUCCGAUAUACUGCUGUGUCAGUCCGAUAUACUGCUGUGUCAGUCCGAUAUACUGCUGUGUCAGUCCGAUAUACUCUGUUGUCAGUCCGAUAAACUCCGUUGUCAGUCCGAUAAACUCCGUUGUCAGUCCGAUAAACUCCGUUGUCAGUCCGAUAAACUCCGUUGUCAGUCCGAUAUACUGCUGUUUCAGUCCGAUAUACUGCUGUUUCAGUCCGAUAUACUGCUGUUUCAGUCCGAUAUACUGCUGUUUCAGUCCGAUAUACUGCUGUGUCAGUCCGAUAUACUGCUGUGUCAGUCCGAUAUACUGCUGUGUCAGUCCGAUAUACUGCUGUGUCAGUCCGAUAUACUGCUGUGUCAGUCCGAUAUACUGCUGUGUCAGUCCGAUAUACUCUGUUGUCAGUCCGAUAAACUCCGUUGUCAGUCCGAUAAACUCCGUUGUCAGUCCGAUAAACUCCGUUGUCAGUCCGAUAUACUGCUGUGUCAGUCCGAUAUACUGCUGUGUCAGUCCGAUAUACUGCUGUGUCAGUCCGAUAUACUGCUGUGUCAGUCCGAUAUACUGCUGUGUCAGUCCGAUAUACUGCUGUGUCAGUCCGAUAUACUGCGUUGUCAGUCCGAUAUACUGCUGUGUCAGUCCGAUAUACUGCUGUGUCAGUCCGAUAUACUGCUGUUUCAGUCCGAUAUACUGCUGUGUCAGUCCGAUAUCAUGCGUUGUCAGUCCGAUAUACUGCUGUGUCAGUCUGAUAUAUUGCAGAUCAAGGUCAUAGGUUUAAAAAAUCCCACCUUUACAUGGCAAGGUAAUACAUUCUCUUAUUAUAAUAUUUUAAUACCUGUCCAGUCCUCUCAUAUACACACGUGGAUGUUUCGUUCCUACUGGAGUUGAAUGUGUGUGCCUGUUAAAUUACCCUAAUUAGGGCUGCACAAUUUGGAUAAAAUAUUGAAUCGCUAUUUCUUUGACAAAAAUUGCAAUUAUGGUUGAUUUGUGGGUCGCUCACUCGCUCAAUUACUCACUCACGCACGCACUAAGAGACAUUUGGUCUUCUUGGCCGGCUCCGCUUACACGGCCCAGGAAAAAUGGAGGUCAUAGCCCACAUAGUGUGCUAUUAUACUGAAUAAAAAUCUAGUUACUGUUCAGUGUUUUUGAAAGAUUUUAUACAACUACCAAAUUGAAGGUGAAGCAUGUGUCAAAACGUAACUAUUAAUUUAAUUACUCAUUUAAUACAAUGGUAUUGGUGCAGUUGCCAUAGCUAGUUUGGCAAAACCCCUCAACCUUUGAGGUACAUUUUGUUGCGCUUCAUGCAAGUUGUCUUUCACCUUUUUGGAGCUGAAAAUGGUGUAGGUUGGUGAUUUGGAUAUUGAACAUGUCAAUAUCACAAUGACAAUUAUAAUUGGAUUAAUCGUGCAGCCCUAGCCCUAAUGCAUUGACAUGUCAAGGGUCAGUGUGGACGCCAGGAGAC